ACCCAGUAAAACUUGAUUUCUUUUUAUUUAACAAGAAGUUUUACUAUACGGCGUAUUGUUGGACCACCUGAAUUUUACAAGAGAGCAAAAUUUGAAAAAAAUGAAAUUGAUAAAUCAAAUUUUUAUUUUAAUAAUAUUAAACUGCAUCGGAACUGCAAUUUCUGAUGGUAGAACCUGUUAUAGUUGUCGGGGUAUUAAUUGUUUAAGAACAUCAAAAAAUGUUACGGUUAAAUGUAAAGAUCCAAUUGAUAAUUGUAUAACAAUUUUUGAAGGAUUUGAAAUUGUUGCGAGGGGCUGCUAUUCAGAAAUUGAAUCAAACUUACGAAGAAAAUGCAAUGAUCCUGAUCACAUAGAAUGCGAUCAAUGUAAUAAAGAUUUAUGCAAUGUAUUUGGAAGGCGUGAUUAUAAGUGUGUACAAUGUAAUUCUAAAGAUGAUGUAAAUUGUAAAAACAAUAUAUCAAAAUUAGAGCCACAAAGAUGUCCAAUUUCAUCUUCUUCCAAUUCAUAUUGUUAUUCUAAAGUUACUGAAAAUGAUGUUGUGAUUCGAGGAUGCAGUAGCAGCACAAAAUCACAGAAUGAAUGUUUAAAUGACAACAAUUGCAUAUUGUGUUUAUCUGGUGAUAUAAAUAAUUGUAAUGGUGGAAAAAUAUUAGAUGAUGGUAGUGGUACUGAGAAACCAACUGAUAAACCAACUGAGAAGCCAGGAGGUGGUGGGGCUUCAUCAAUUUCUUUAACAAUGGCAUUACUUAUUUUACCAUUUUUAAUUCAAGUUGCAUUGAUUCCGUGCUACAAGAGUUAAUUUAAAAUAAAUUAAAAAAUUUUUUGUUGAAAUAAACUAUGUACACCUUAUUAA